ACUGGAGCAAACUAGUUAGUAGCACCCUGACUAUCAGGCAAGUGACUGCAACACCCACACUUUCCCAGACCAGGGCCAGCGUUCUGUGGCUGCCUCUUGAGUCUGAGCAAUAUGCGUGAGACUGCAGAACUGUACUUCAAUGUGGACCAUGGCUACCUGGAGGGCCUUGUGCGAGGAUGCAAAGCCAGCCUCCUAACUCAGCAGGACUACGUCAACCUAGUGCAGUGUGAGACCUUGGAAGAUCUGAAAAUUCAUCUCCAGACCACUGAGUACGGCAACUUCCUGGCUAAUGAAACAAACCCUCUCACCGUUUCCAAAAUUGACACAGAGAUGAGAAAAAAGCUCUGCAGAGAGUUUGAAUAUUUCCGGAAUCAUUCCUUGGAGCCCCUGAGCACAUUUUUCACCUACAUGACAUGCAGCUAUAUGAUAGACAAUGUAAUUCUACUGAUGAAUGGGGCAUUGCAAAAGAAAUCUGUGAAAGAAGUUCUAGCCAAGUGUCACCCAUUGGGCCGUUUCACAGAGAUGGAAGCAGUCAACAUUGCAGAGACCACAUCAGAUCUCUUCAAGGCUGUGCUGGUUGAAACACCAUUAGCUCCAUUCUUCCAAGACUGUAUGUCUGAAAAUACUCUCGAUGAACUGAAUAUUGAAUUACUGCGCAAUAAACUAUACAAGUCUUACCUUGAGGCAUUCUAUAAAUUCUGCAAGGAUCAUGGUGAUGUCACAGCAGAAAUUAUGUGCCUCAUUCUUGAGUUUGAGGCUGACAGACGUGCUUUAAUCAUCACCCUGAACUCAUUUGGCACUGAACUGAGCAAAGAAGACAGGGAGACCCUCUUCCCCACCUGCGGCAAGCUCUAUCCUGAGGGGCUGCACUUGUUGGCUCAAGCUGAAGACUUUGAGCAGAUGAAGAGAGUAGCAGAUAAUUAUGGAGUAUACAAGCCUUUAUUUGAAGCUGUAGGUGGCAGUGGGGGGAAGACAUUGGAAGAUGUUUUCUAUGAGCGAGAGGUGCAAAUGAAUGUGCUGGCAUUCAACAGACAAUUCCACUAUGGUGUGUUUUAUGCAUAUGUAAAGUUGAAGGAGCAAGAGAUGAGAAAUAUCGUGUAAAUAGCAGAAUGCAUCUCGCAGAGACAUCGAACUAAAAUCAACAGUUAUAUUCCAAUUUUAUAAGCCAGUAAUGAGGCCUCAAAUGCAGAAAAUUAUACAGUUGAAAGGAAGUUAUUGAGUAAAGAAAGGCAUUGUGUCUUACAUUAUCUAGAUUAUACAAAAGUAAGUCGUAUCUCCUUUCCAGGAAUUGCAUAUCCCCUGGAAGCCCAAUAAACUGAACU